AGAUGACGAAAUGCUUUUGAGUUCUCCCACAUGCCUUUCAACAAAUUCAGUAUAAAUACUCAAUCCAGCCAGUUCUUCUCAUGCUCAUCAAAUUCAUCAACAACAUAUUAUCAGCACAAUCUAUCUCGAUCGUACCCACAAUACAAACUUCCAUCAGUAAUCUAAACACAUCAUCGGAAGAUGGGAAGAGCUCCAUGCUGCGAGAAGAUGGGAUUGAACAGAGGCCCAUGGACGCCUGAAGAAGAUCAAAUUUUGGUCUCUUUUAUCCACAAGCACGGCCAUAGUAACUGGCGAGCCCUCCCUAAGCAAGCUGGUCUUUUGAGAUGUGGAAAAAGCUGUAGACUUAGGUGGAUGAACUAUUUAAAACCUGAUAUUAAAAGAGGCAAUUUCACCAUAGAAGAGGAAGAUGCUAUCAUUAGCUUGCACCAAAUCCUUGGCAAUAGAUGGUCAGCGAUUGCGGCAAAACUGCCGGGAAGAACGGAUAACGAGAUCAAGAACGUAUGGCACACUCACUUGAAGAAAAGACUGGAAGAUUAUCAACCUGCUAAACCCAAGACCAGCAACAAGAAAAAGGGUACAAAACCCAAAUCUCAAUCUGUACCAACGAAAUCAAACAGUACUAAAAGCGAACUGGAGCGCGCAAGUUCAUCAACACCUUCUUUCGAAAGUUUGUUCUCAGCAUCACCUUCGGGGAGUGAUGAUGUUUCUUCGGUGACACUCAUGAGCCACGAAGGCUAUAGCAACGAGGCUAAGAUGGAUAAUAAAUCGGGAGACAUCAGUACUAUAGAUCAAGAUCAUAUCUCUUUCAUGAACUUCGGAACAGACAUCGACGAGAGCUUCUGGAACGAGACGCUUUACAGCCAAGAUGAAGAAAAACACACUUCGAAUAUUGAGAUGCAACAAGAUUUUCAGCACUUAGGCUCCGUUGGUAAUGAGAUGGUUUUCGAUAGUGAGAUGGACUUCUGGUUCGAUGUAUUGGCGAGAACGGGAGGGGAACAAGAUCUAUUAGCUGGGCUCUAGUGAUGCACAUAUAAGGCUAAGAAACUCAGACACUCUUAUAGUUUAUUAAUUAGCGGUUCGUUUUGAAAAGAUUGUAUUCAUUUGUUUCUCCAAGAUCGAGCAGUUAGUUAGUUCAGUAAUAAUCAAUGACAAAGUGAUAAACUACAACGUAUAUUGCCAUGUUAAUGAAAUAAUCAACCGACAAACAUUGGAUGGCAUGCCAACAAUAACGGUUAAUGUAUAUUAUUAGUAUAAUAAUACUCUGCUUUCUAA